AUGAUGUAUAAUCGAAGGCAGCACAAUAUGCAGUAUUGCGGAAAAUUCAACUACGGCCAAUUGUCUUCACCGGAAAAUGGUCAAAACCAUCACACCUACGUGCAGUAUGUCGAUUCCGAUAUGUACGCCGGGGGCCAAGGACAAACGCAAAUGAGCUACCCCCUGUACGCGGUCGGUGAUUACAGUUCCUCCGGUGGACAGCAGUAUUACGGUGCCGGCGGCAGUGGUGGCAAUACCGGCAGUGGAAGCGCAAACACCGGAAGUGGCAAUUACAGUGCCUCAUCGGGCAGUUCACAUUCAUCGAGCGGAACUGGCGGCGGCGGCGGUGGCGGCGGUGGCGGUGGUGGUGCUGGAUCAAACGGUUCUUCCGGAGGCGGAGGCAGCGGUAACAGCGGGGGAGGAAACGGCAGCGCCAAUCAACAGUACAUUGUACCGGUGGAUGAAGCCACACUGCUCGGGACUGCGGCCACAAACGGAGCCCACCAGCGCGAUUCACCGCAAGCCAUGACGGAUGUUGCUUCGUACAUACAGUCGCACCAGGUGUCGCACCAUUCCAACUCGACGACGCCUACGCCGGAUGUGGAUCCGACACCGAGCCUGAGCCAUGCGACGCGAGUUUCACCAGCGACGGAAACACAUGGCUGA